AUCAAGGCCAAAGCUGCCAAGUACUAAAAUCUUUCUUUCCUCAAGUCUCUGUCACACAUUUUCACAAACAUUUCUUGAACCAUCCAUUUCUCCAGUCUCCCAACCAUGGCCGCAGCAGAACCCAUCAUCAAGUUUGGCAUUAUCGGCUGUGCCGAUAUUGCCCGGAAAGUUUCCCGGGCCAUAAGACUGUCUCCACUCUCCACUCUCUACGCCGUCGGCAGCCGUUCCGUGGAGAAAGCCGCCAAAUUCGCCAAAGACAACGGCUUCCCUGAAUCGGCCAAAGUGUACGGCAGCUAUGAAGCCGUUCUGGAUGACCCGGAUAUAGACGCUGUUUAUGUCCCUUUGCCCACCAGCUUACACAUCAAAUGGGCUGUUUUGGCUGCCCAGAAGAAGAAACAUCUCCUUUUGGAGAAACCGGUGGCCCUCAAUGUGAAGGAGCUGGAUGUUAUUCUUGAGGCUUGUCGUUCUAAUGGGGUCCAAUUCAUGGAUGCUACUAUGUGGAUGCAUCAUCCUCGUACUGCUAAGAUGAAAGAGUUCCUCAAUGAUCCUGAGAAUUUCGGUCAACUUAAAUCGAUAUACAGUUUGUUUACAUUUGCAGCUGAUGAUAUUUUUCUGGAAGGCGACAUUCGGGUGAAACCUGAUUUGGAUGCUCUUGGUGCUUUAGGUGAUGUUGGCUGGUACUGCAUUAGAGCAAUCCUAUUCACAGCCGAUUUUGAGCUGCCCAAAUUUGUAAUUGCGUCGCGCAACCCUGUUUUAAACAAAGUAGGGGUAAUCCUUUCUUGUGGAGCAUCUCUGUAUUGGGAAGACGGCAAGGUGGCUACUUUCUUCUGCUCGUUUCUAGCCAACUUGACCAUGGAAAUCACUGCAGUUGGAACAAAAGGUACUUUACGCCUUGCUGACUUUGUUAUCCCCUUUGAGGAGGGCAAGGCUUCAUUUAGUGGUGGUGUAAAGUCAUGGUUUGAUGACCUUGUCACCGGAUGGGUUCCCAAGCCGAGCGAGCAUAUUGUCACGACCGAUCUUCCCCAAGAAGCUCAAAUGGUGAAGGAGUUUUCUAGGUUGGUUGGAAGUAUCAAAUCCGGGGGCUCUGAACCAGAGAUGAAAUGGCCAACCAUUAGCAGGAAAACACAGCUAGUUAUUGAUGCAGUAAAGACAUCCAUUGACAAGGGCUUCGAAUCUGUUGAAGUUAUUAGUUAGGACUUAGAAUGCACUUGAUUUCUGGCCUAUUUGGCAGUCAUCCCUGAACAAUAAGAAGUUGAUUGGAAGAAAUCUUAUGGCACAUGUAAUCCCUGUUUCCAAAACAUGAUUGUGAGUUUCGUUUGGAUUUCUUCUUUUUUCCCUUUGUGCUUUGAUUCAUGUGUAAAUUUCCAGUCUUUUGUAUACGUUAACAGUUGAACCAGCUGCCGUAUGCAACUAGGAAAAUGAUAUGUAUAAUGAAAAGAAAUAGUGAAAAACGAUAGUGAGUGAUGUAAAGUAUUCUUAGCUUCUUGUUUUUUGUCACUUUCUAGUUAAAAUUUUAUCUUUGCCUGGAAAAUUAUAUUUUUACCCUUAAUUAAUAAGUAUACAUAUUUAGCGAGG